GAUGGUACUGAUGAUGGUGAUGAAUAUGAUGAUGGUGAAGAUGUUGUUUAUUAUUUUGAUUAUGAUUAUGGCUAUACUGAUUGUGAUUAUGAGGAAGAGGAGGAAGAGGCGGAGAAGGAUGGUAUAAAAGAUUACGAUGAUGAUGAUGAUGAUGAUGAUGACGAUCGUGUUGGUGAUAUUGGUAAUUAG